AUGAACCAGGAGCAGCCUCAGAGGCCGCACGUGGAAGGCAUAAAGUAUGGAGAUGAUAUGAGUAAAAUCGCCGGCGACGGUGGCGUGGUGGAGCAAUUUAGCCAAAGGGCUCCACUGAACACGAUGACGCCACCUUCUCUUAUUCAAGACAUGAGCGUUGGAGUUGGUGGCGGAAUCACCAUUGGUGAAGCACUCGAAGCCACGGCUUUGACCGCCGGAAAGAAGCCAGUGGAGUGGAGCGAUGCAGCGGCGAUUCAAGCAGCGGAAGUGAGAGCCACUGGCCGCACUAACAUUGUUCCCGGAGGUGUUGCCGCGGCGGCACAGUCAGCUGCCACCCUCAAUGCUCGAGCAGCAAGGGACGAGGACAAGACCAAACUCGCAGAUAUUCUGGCGGAUGCGACUUCGAAGCUACCGGCAGACAGAGCAGCGACGAGGAGAGAUGCUGAAGGGGUGACGGGUGCAGAAAUGAGAAAUGAUCCGAACCUCACAACUCACCCUGGGGGCGUGUCCGCGUCGGUAGCAGCCGCUGCUAGGCUGAACCAAACCAAUAACUAA